GAACACUUGGACGGCAUAACAAAAAAAAGAAAAAAAAAAGGUUCAACCUUUGAGAUUAGCAAUGGCGGAUUCGUCUUCCGACAAGGAGAAGAAAGAGAGUAGUAUGCAGCCGGUGUAUCGUGGAGUCCGUAUGAGGAGCUGGGGCAAAUGGGUAUCGGAGAUUCGUGAGCCGAGGAAGAAAUCGAGAAUCUGGCUCGGUACUUUUCCGACGGCUGAGAUGGCUAUGCGCGCUCACGACGUUGCGGCUAUGAGCAUCAAAGGAACCUCAGCCAUUCUCAAUUUCCCAGAGCUCUCUGAUUUAUUGCCACGACCCGUUUCGCUCAACCCUCGUGACGUCAGAGCUGCGGCGACCAAAGCCGCUUUCAUGGACUUCGAUACGACGCCGCUUCGUUCCGAGACUAGCGAAACCACGACGUCGAACAAAAGGUCGGAGACUGGGGAAACGACGUCGAAUAAGAGGUCAGAGAGUAGUAGUAGUAGUGUGAGCAGCGAAACGGUGUCGUUCUCUUCGUCUUCGUUCUCUGUGACGAGCAUUGAGGAGAGUGCAGUCUCGGACGACCUUGACGAGAUCGUUGAGUUACCGAGUCUAGGCACCACGAGUUUAAACGAGUCAAACGAGUUCGUGGUUUUUGACUCGUUGGAAGAGUUAGUGUACAUGCCUCCUUGGUUAAGCGGUACGGAUACAGAUGACUUUACGUAUAACAAUGCUUCUUCUUCUUCGUUGAACUCAUCAGUUUUCGAAUCUUGGAAACACUUUCCCUGAAAAAGUAAUAUCUUCUCUGUUUUUUUUUUUUUUUUUUUUUGGGGNUUAGUUUUUUGAUGGGAGUCUCUGUGUUUUUGCGUUGCCUGAGAUAUCUCUUUAAUUAAGAUGAUGAUGAUGUUUGUGGAAUUAGAUAACUUUUUUUUGAUGUUCUUCUCCUUCUCUUCGUACUCGUAGUCCGGUUAUGGGAAUGUAACUGUGUAUAUUUUGCUAUGGGUUUAGCCGGAAAUAAUGUGACAGUAACCAUGUAGUUUUCAAUUUUGCAAGAUGGUUAGAUUCUCAAUUUACACCAAAACAUGUUGUCUGGUU